AUGCGAGGAUCUAUGCUUCUAGCUGGGAGCUUCCUCGCUCUGUCCGUGGACGCAGUACCAUCGUUCAAGGUCGGCAGAGAUAUGAACAAAUUUAAGGAUGGAGAGGCUCCCACCAAUACGAAGAAAUUGCCCACGAUGGUGAGGCGCAAUGUGACCUUUCCUGACUGGGGACAGUCGUGCAAGACGCACAACCAAAAGACAUGGCAGGAUCUCAAAGUCGAUCACUGGUUGAACAUGUAUGCGGACGGUUGGUUCGAGUCUGACAUGACAGAAUACCCGGAUACGAGCUUUCCCACGGCAGUGAUGAAGCAAAUCGGUGGUUUCACUCCUUAUACUUGCAGCCUAAAGGCUGGUUGUCACUUUGACUACGAUAGUACCCAAGUUGGAUGUACCACAGGCGAGGGUACUCCGGCAGGCACAUUCGAUGCACUCUGGAUGUUCACCCUUUAUGGUCUCAGCAACUUCCAGAGCUUCAUGGAUAAUCUAUACGAGACUUUCUGGAACACUGCCAAUGAAGUUAUCGGGUCUGAAAUAGAUGGAAUGGUCGAUGACUUUACUUCUAACCCGACGGCUGAUAAAACCAAGUCAGAGGCAAGUGAAGGACUUAUCAUCAUCUCGGCUGUUCUCGGAGGUCUAGCUGCUCUUCUAGGCCCAUUGGGAGAAGUUUUCGAGGCCGCUGCCGUCGGCGUCGGUGCAGCAGCAGGUGAAUUUGGUGUCGCCAAUGGAAUUUUGCUUGGAACGGAGUCUGCAGCUAUUGACUUCGGACUGGUCGAAGAAGAAAGGGCGGGAAUUCUGAAGCAAAAAUUAUCCAACACGACUGAUGCAUUGAGAGACUCAAUCAGACAGUAUGCGGAUAACAUUUUGCAAAACGCUGUUGAUCCCAGUGAAUACAAGGAUGCCGUCAACAACCAGUAUUCUGAUCAGACAUACAGCGGUCCUUAUGCCCUCAAGGAUGGUAAUUUCGCUCAGCCCGUGAAGGAUGGCAUUUUCGACGAUUAUGAGCAGACCAUGAAAGACGCUAUCCGUAGUGGUGCCAUCUCUUGGCUCUGGGACCUAGAGAAGGUAUUCGUUGUCGCAGCAUCAAAGCCAAUCAAUGACAAGGCCCCUUGCGACAUGGACCUAUCGUCUGAUGAUUUGCUGGCUAGUUCGUGCGACAAAGACACGGGAUUCAUGUACUGGUUUCUGAAAGAAUCGUCAAUCACUUAUUGCACAGAUGAGUACGAUUACGCUCCUGGAUUAGGCAAAAUUGCCAACUACCCAGAUCUGUCCGCUGUUGCUCUUGCAAAGGCCGCGAACGCGUCUCAAGCCACGGGUGGAUACAAGGCCAAUUAUACCAUGGGCUCAGCACGGGACUUCUUGACCGGAGACAACAAGCCAGAAAUGAACCUGAUGGUCAAUGUCCCAGUCUGCAAUCUGGACUACUUCAACGACGAUUUGCCAAGCCAGCUGGAUGUCCGACAAGCCCAAAAGAUGGAUACCACCUAUUUCCAGGACGUCCCGACCGAUGAAAUGUGGGUUCGCUGGUCUAUCCACACUGUCUGCCCGAAGCUUGAUGUUAAUGGCGAGGCAUUCCCAUAUACUGUUUAA